CGCGUUGCUGUGCGCAUGACAAAUGAUUCGGAAUCUGAUUCCGAACAAGAUUCUGAGUCGGAGCUUGAAGAUCAUGCUGGUUUGAAGAUCAGAAAGUUGCCAGUGGUUGGAAUACUGCUUGUUGAGCUCUGUGAGCGACUCACAUAUUACACCCUAGCAGGCACCCAGAAGAUCUAUCUUCAGAAUCAACUGAAGAAGACACCAUCUACUUCCGCUGCCUUGAAUUCCGUCUUCAAUAUGUUGUGCUAUUUCUGGUGCGUACCUGGUGGUCUGCUGGCGGACUCAAUUGGUCGCUACAAGACCAUCAUUGCUGCUGGCAGCAUUUAUGCCAUUGGAACCAUUUGCGUCGGCAUUUCUGUGAUCUACGAACUUCAAGCUUCCCUUGGCUGGCUAUUCAUGUUGGGCAGCCUGGUGCUGAUUGCCAUGGGAACUGGUGGUAUCAAGCCCAACAUUGCAAACUUUGGCGCGGAUCAGAUUGGAGAUGUAUCUGAGAAACAAAGAGAGUGUCAAAAAACUUUUUUUUCCCUCUUCUACCUGUCCAUCAACAUUGGUGUCUUGAUAGCUUUUGGCUUCCUGACCAACACAACCACAGCUGGGCUUGCUGGUGUGGUUCCACAGCAGGAGGGGUAUUCUUUUGCCUAUGGAUCUGGGGCAGGUUGCAUGAUUCUGGCAGUAUUGAUCUUUGUGGGUUUCACAGGAUCAUAUACAAUGCUCCCAGGAAACGGAUUGGGACCUGUCCGGCGCUUGAUUCGGUACCAAUACUAUUCUGUGUGGCAUGGAGGCGGUUGGAAGGCUGCAAUGUCUCUUGCGGGCUUCCUUUGCCUUCCUUUGUUCUACAUUGUGACACUGGCUGAUACUCUUCUUUCAGCUUCUGCUGAGAAAUCGAACACAGAAGUUUUCACCGACCCUUGUGCAGCACCUCUCACAGAAGCACCUCCUCGCAUGCUUCAUGGUGGCGGUGGUGGACACGGAGUUCUCAGCGACAUUGCGUUGGCUUUGGGAUCAAUGGCAUGCAUCUUCCUUGUUGUCGCCAAUGUCAACUGCACCUGGGUGCAAGAACUUAAGCAGGAGGUGAGCUUUGGAGCAAAGGAUGCACGUCAAACCUUUGCAGCCAUUCCGAUGAUCAUUGUGGUGAAUAUCGCCUUCAACCUUUGUUACAACUCCAUGAACAAUGCUUUCCCUUCUCAAGCUUGUCAAAUGGACCUGAGACUUGGUACUACGCAGCUGAAUGGUGCCUUUUUCAACAUCGCAGAUGCAAUGGCAAUUGUAAUCUUUACUCCCAUCUUCGAAUCUUGUUUGUACCCGCUGAUUGCACGUGUGAAAGGCUCGCCAGUCCGCUUGGGCCAGAAAAUCAUUGCGGGUUUGGUCAUGGCAGCUAUCUCCAACGUCGCUGCAGCCAUUCUUGAGUCAAUGCGGAAAGAUGCUCCGUACCUGUGUGGUGAUGCCGGCUUUUCUCAGUGUGCCCCAGGCUAUUCUGAUGAUGGGGCAGAGGGGACACGAAUGAAAGACAUCAGUGCGUUCUGGAUUUUCAUUCCAUUUGCACUGGUUGGCAUCGCAGAGAUUCUGGUCAAUCCAUGCAUGUAUUGCUUCUCAUAUGAAGCAGCUCCACUAGAGGUUCGAUCCCUCAUCCAAGCCCUCAACUUGUUCUUUAUGGGCUCCGUGUCGAAUGCAUUCACCGCUGUUGUCUCAAAGCUUUUGUAUCCAAAUGACUUGGACAAGGGUAGCUUAGACAACUACUACUUUGUGAAUGCCAUUUUGGCAGUGAUUGGAAUUGCUGUGUACUUCCUCAUUACACGUUGUGGAGAUCAUGGUCAUGAGAUCCGGCCAGCGAUAGAGAAGGAGUUGGUUGUGGGGCCCAUGGAAGAAGACUCCCCGCCCGAUGUUUGAGUCAAGCCUCCUUAGCAUGCUUCGUGACUGCAGCUUCGCAAGUCUUUGUGACUGCAGCUUUGCAAGUCUUUGUGACUGCAUUUUGGUGGAUCUCCCUAAGUGAAGCGCAGAGUGUAAGUGUAGACUUCUUCCGUCCUGAUUGAUGUUGAUAAAAAACAUCAUAAAAAAAGGGUGCUUUGCAGAAAUUGCAAGCGCUCCUACACGCACCUACAGUGCUCGGGUGAACUGCAUUUGAUAUAUCGGUUGCAAUGGCUACAAAA